AAGAAGAUUGAUAAUAAUUUUCAUGCUGUGUUGUGGGAGUGAAAAUUCCAUUGUACUUCAAAGUUCAAAGCACUCGGGAUUUCAAAGCGAGGGGGUAAGGCUGUAGUUGGUCUUACUGCCAAAAUGGUUUCUGCUAGUUCUUUAGCUUUGGACCUCGCUUUUCAUUUUGAUUUCCACAAGAAUUUCAGUUUGAGGCCUUUCAGAAAGCCAAGAAUUCGGGCUCGCUUCUCCCAGGAAAUAAACCUAUCAAAACCAGCAGAAGAGCAAGUUACAUCCAUUAAGGCAGUGACAACCAUAUCGGACAAAGAAGACCAUAUUUUGGGCCAUGACAAUUCAGUGCAUAAGCGAAAGAGCCUACCUCCAUUAGUCAGUGCAUUGAAAGCCUCAGCUGAACAAAACACUGCCAGUUUUCACUUCCCUGGACACAACAGAGGGCAUGCUGCUCCUGAUUCACUUACUCAGCUCAUUGGGCGGAGACCAUAUGUUCAUGAUUUGCCUGAGCUUCCAGAGCUUGACAACCUAUUUUGUCCCCAGGGGCCCAUAUUAGAAGCACAAAAACAAGCAGCCAAACUAUUUGGAUCAUCUGAGACAUGGUUUCUUGUUGGAGGUACUACUUGUGGCAUCCAGGCGGCAAUAAUGGCAACAUGUUCACCAGGAAAAUUUCUGAUUCUUCCUAGGAAUUCUCAUUUGUCAGCCAUAUCUGCUAUGGUAUUGUCAGGUGCACAGCCUAAGUACAUCAUCCCUGAAUAUAACAAUGAUUGGGACAUUGCUGGUGGUGUCUACACAUUACAGGUAUUGAAUGCAAUCCAGGAGCUUCAAAGGGAAGGUCAUGAAGCUUCUGCAGUUCUCAUCACUUCACCUACUUAUCAUGGUAUCUGCAGUAGCUUGAGUGAGAUUUCUGAGCUGUGUCAUUCUCAUAAAAUUCCUCUGAUUGUUGAUGAAGCUCAUGGUGCACAUCUAGGAUUUCAUUCUAAACUGCCUAAAUCAGCUCUCCAGCUAGGGGCUGAUCUGGCCGUACAGUCCACUCACAAAGUUCUGUGCUCUCUUACUCAGUCAUCUAUGUUACAUAUGUCAGGUAAUAUUGUAGCUAAGGAAAGAAUUUCUCAUUGCCUCCAAACUCUUCAAACCACAAGCCCUAGUUAUCUACUGUUGGCUUCUCUAGAUGCUGCAAGAGCUCAACUAAAUGAAAGUCCUGAUACUGUUUUCAAUCAAGCUAUUGAUUUAGCCUUUGAAGCACGAUACCUACUAAAAAACAUCCCAGGCAUCUCAGUGCUUGAGAAUUCAAGCUUUCCAUUAUUUCCGGCUAUUGAUCCCUUGCGGCUUUCUAUUGGUUUUUGGCAGCUUGAUUUAUCUGGAUAUGAGGCUGAUGAAAUCUUGUACAGGGAUCAUGGAAUUGUCUGCGAACUUGUUGGGAACCAAGCUAUCACUUAUGCAUUUAAUCUUGGAACUUCUAGGGAUCAUGUUCAAAGGCUUGUAUCAGGAAUAAAGCAUCUGGCUGCAGCAUAUGCAUCCGUUCCACAACGUGAAACGACAGUGUUCUCCUGUGUUGCACCCUUUGAUGAUAUAAUCAUGAGUUUGAUACCAAGAGAUGCCUUUUUCGCAAGUAAAAGGAGAGUAACAUUAAGAGAGAGCCUUGGUGAGGUUUCUGGGGAGCUUAUAUGUCCAUACCCACCAGGCAUACCUGUGCUGUUCCCUGGUGAAGUUAUUACUGAAAAAGCCAUCAAUUAUCUGUUGCAUGUUAGAAGUAAAGGUGCUGCAAUUACUGGAGCCUCUGAUCCCUCAAUUUCUUCUAUAGUUGUCUGCAAUGUAUAGAGUAUGGCCGGGCGGAAAAUAAUCUGUAGUUGAAAUUGGAAACUGCAGGAAGUGAUGCAAAAUUUAAAAGAGGAGAAAAAGAAAAAUGGUAAAUCUGAGAACUGCAGGUGAGCUUUCCCUCACUUGCCACCAGAAGGUUGAUUUGAGCACAAAUUGUCUUAGAAGAUUGGCCAAACGUGUCCAGAGUCACAGCUUAAUGAACUAUCUGGCAAUCGAUGAUACAUUGCAUACAGUUCAAAGGACAACGAGACACUCGAAAGCUGAAAGAAGCAAUCCUUUCGAAGUGUAAAAGCUAUGGCCAGAGACAAAACGAGCAACGACCUCUCCACCUGAACAUGGCCAGAAAAGGUAAAAGAUACACAAUUAAGAAAAUUAGUAUAAUUUAGAAUUUUUUUGGGUGGAUUCAAUGUAAAAUAUUAAAAUAAGAAUAAGAAAAAUCGACUAAUUAUUUUGUAUCAUGAUGUUUAAUGAUCUGUAAAUAAUUAUUCUCCUCCUUUAGUAUCACAAAAACAUAAACCAGAGAUUGCAGAGAAGUUAAGACCAAACAGAACAGUAUGCUACCAGUUAUUUUGUUUGUCUUCUCAA